AGGCUGGGCAUGAAUUUGCAAUCCUCUUGCCUCAGCCUCCCAAAAUCCUGGGAUUACAGGCCGGGCCACCAAGCCUGCCAGUGUAUUUCCUCUUAAACCCACAGGCCUGCAUACCUUACAGGCCCUGCCUCAGCUCCCAGACCUCAGGUCCUCCACUCUGAGCUGUCUUGCCCCCUGCCAAGGUCGAGCUUUUAUAUAUACAUACUUUAUAAAAUGUUGUAUUUACUCGCUUAUGCAACAGUUUUUGUGGAGGACCUGCUAUAUGCCGGGCCCAGAAGAUACAAUGGCAAACAGGGUUCUUUUUUGACCCCUGAGCCUAGAGUCUGAUGGGGUUGUAGGGGAGCACAGACAUUUCCCCAGAAUCAAAUAGUUACAGCUGCGAAGUGAAGUUAGAAGUCAGUGAUACUUCCCUUCUCCUUCCUUGCUUUACUUUUGAGACCAGGUCUUGCUGUGUUGCCCAGUCUGGUCUUGAACCACUGGACUCAAGGAAUUAUCUCAUCUCAGUCUUCAGAGCAUCCAAGACUAUAAGGCUACCAGGCCUUACUACUAUAUUUUUGAGUAUUUAAGAUGAGGAGAUCUUGACUUAGGUAGGACAGGAAAGGCUUUUCUGCUGAACUGAGGGUGAGCUUAAGAUCCAGCAUCUUUUACACAGAAGGCAAGGAGACCUGCUGAGUAGGAGGAAUAAAGUGCAAAGGCUGCUGUGUAGCAGGAAGAGGCCUGGGGAGUCCAGGACUGGAGAGUGACAGGUUUGGGCUGAGAGACUUGAAUGAGUGUGGUGUGACUCAGAGAAAACAUACCCAAGAGUUUUGUCCUAACCCAAGAAUUUAUUAAAGGAAGUCAACAAUUUAAGCAGGAGUGGGUAAAGAUCGGAUUUACAUUUUCAAUUUUGCCUCUGCUGGGAGUAGAGUGGAUUAUGGUAGACAGGCUAAUGCUAUACCUCAGGCAAGAAUUGUUGGAAUUUGAAGAGGGGUAGGAGGAGGUAUUCUUGGUGCUGGGAAUUGAACCCAGGGUCUCUUGCAUGUCAGUUAAGCACUUUACCAAUGAGCAGCAUCUUGAGCCCUAGAAAGGGACAUUACUGAAGAGGUAAAAUGGAUUGGACUGGAAGUUGAGAUAGGGGAAAGGGGAAGAUGCAAAGGUUUUUGGCUGCAUAACUAGAUGAAUGGUGUUAUUGCCUGACUAACCAAGGGGACUGGAAGAUAAUCAGUUUGGCUGGGGUUAAUGGGGAGGAAUCAUGAGUUCAUCUUUAUUUAUUUACUUUGUAGUGAUACAGAUGGAACACAGGGCCACAUGCACACUAGGCAUGAGUUCAGUUUUAAACAUUGAAUUCAACGUGCCUUUGAAGAAGAUGUUAAGUAGGCAGCCAGAUAUAUGUGUCCUGAGUUUAGAGAAGACUAAGCUCAAUAUAUAAAUACCAAAGUCAUAUAUUUCUAGGUGGUUAUUGACAUGUGAGCAGAUGAUAUUGCCUAAAAAAGUAUAUAGAGCAAAAACAGCUCCAAAGCAGAGCUAGCAGGGAAGGCCUUAGCAUAAUCACCUCUAAUUAGAUCAGAGGGAAAGAGGUUAGAUGCAGACUUACAUAGAUUGGAAUAUUCGAUUUCUGGAAAAUGAGAGUAUUUAUUUCCUUUGAGGUCUCCUGUAUUCUUUGUCAAGUAGGAAAUAAGGUCAGUGUUGAAAGGGUGUUCUGAAGUUUUAAGAAAGCAAGAGAGAGCCGGUGUAGUAGUGCACACCUGUAAUCCCAGCAUUCCAGAGGCAAGGCAGGAGGAUUGCCAGCUUGGCUACAUAGUGAUAACCUGUCUCAAAAAGCAAACAAACAAAAAGUGGGAGAGUUUGUAGUGCCUACUCGCCCCGUCCAGUAGCUAUCAUCUCAGCAAAGGGUGCAUUGCAGCUCUUUGCACUGCAACCGUUGCUCCCACUACUGCCCCUCCUCUGAACUCCUUCCAACUGAGUUUUUCUCAAAAAAUGCCUAGAGUUGUCUUUUCAAAAUACCAAUCAGGCUGGUUGUGACAAUGCCUAUAAUCCCAGCUGCUUGGGAGGCAGAGGCAGAAGGAUCUCAUAAAUUAGAAGGGGGAUGUAGUUUAGUGGUAGAGUGCUUCCCUAGCAUCCAUGAGGUCCUAGGUUCCAUUCUCAGCGUUAAGGGAAAAGCAUUUAAUUCUGCAGUGAGGCCUUCCCUGGUAACCCUGACUAAAAGUCCACUUAGGACCUCUUGUCCUGUUUGAUUUUUGUUCAUUAACUUUGACCACUAGACUAUAAGUGCCAGGACAGCAGGGAGUUUAUUUUGUUCUCUGGUAUAUGUUUCCAGCACCUGGAACGAUGCCUGGUACACGGUAGGGACUCAGUAAAUACCUGCUGAAUGAGUGAACAAAUGGAUAUAUUUAUUAUGUGUGCUUGCCCUGAAAUGUUAAUUCCUCGAGGGUAGUGAUUCUGUGCUUAUUUCCCAUGUCUCUACUGCCUAGUCACAUGUUGUUGACCUAAUGAAUCAUAAAUGUACAAGCUGCUGCGGUUGUGAGACUGUCCAGAAAGCUCAGUGGCACCUCCCUUUACCCCUACCUGCGGUGUGUUAACUCAUGUCCCACCAUUUCACUGAAGAAGCUCUUAUGAAAGUUGAUCUGGUUAUUAGAGCCAAUGGUUGGUCACUGCUUCAGACUUUUCCUACUUGUGACUCUGUAUCUGUCUCAGCCUCCUAUCUUCACUGACACAGCCCAUGCUCAGGCCUCCAUCGUUUCCCGCUCAGAUGACACAGUAACCUAAUUGGUCCCCCUAUUAUGGCUUGUAUCUAGAUGUCCUCCCAAAGCUUCAUGUGGUCAUAGUGGGGCUUUUCGGAGGUGGCUGGAUCUAGAGUGUGUGAUGCUGGGAUUGAUUCGUGAUGUGAUGCUAGGAUUGAGGCUGCCUCACCCUGGAUGUGAGUGCUGCCUGUCCACAGAGGGUCACUGCUUGUCACUUGCUCCUUGCGCUUCUGCUGCCUUCUGCCUGCUGUGAGCUGAGAACUCUGCGAUGCCCCCUGCCCUGUCACCCUGCCUUGCAGCCAGCUGAUUAUGAACUCUACAAACUGCUCUCAGCUCCUUUUCUCCUUUUUUUGCACUGCUAGGGAUCAAACCAAAGGCUUCCUGCAUGUUAGGAAAGUGCUGAACCACUGAACUACAUUCCCAACUCCUUGAAGACGGACCACUGUAUCACUACAAGUGCUUGCCCCUCAAUUGAUUGUUAUUACCUGGGCGUGGUACGCACGCCUGUGAUCCCAGCACUCUGGGAGGCUGAGGCAAGAGGAUGACAAGUCUCACCCCAGCCUGGGCAACUUGCCAAGAGGCAACCAGCAUCAUGUGGUUACUAAAUGUGCUGCCUUCACCUACUGAUGCCUCCCAAAAAAGGACGUGGCCAGCCAUCCCACAAAGCCCAGCUGCUGUUCCACCAACAACCACUGGAGGGCCCCAAGCACCACUGUGGAUCCGUAAAGCAACGCCUCACUCGGACUCGGACUCGGCAGGUGCCCAGCAAGCCUAUCGAUGGAGCCAUUGCUUCCUGGGUAUCACCUCAGUUUGACACAACAGUAGAAAGCUUUUUUCCAGGCCACCAGAAACAUCACCAAGAUCGGGCAAGACUUUCAAGUCGAAAAUCAACCUGCAAAUUUCCACAUCUAGUCUUUGAGAAUCCACUGUUCUCUUCCAGUCCAGAAAUACCAGAAAUCCCCUCAGUCAAGGAGUGCCGCAGUCAAUCAGAAAAGGACAUUUCCAGACAGCCUCUGGUUCCGAUGUUCAGUCCCCAGACCUGUGGGGAGCUGUCAGCACAUGCACUCCAGAGCUUGCCAUGCGUGUUUGCUGCCCCUGACAUCCAGACCCCAGGACCAUCUGUGAGGGAAGAUUCCAGUCCCCCAGAGCAGAGGGAAAACAGCCUUCCAGUCUGUGUCCACACCUGUGCUCCCCACAGCCCAGAGCCUGGGCCUGUUCUGGUUAAAGACACCCCAGAGGAGAAGUAUGGGAUAAAAGUGACAUGGAGGAGGCGAAGGCAUCUAUUUGAGUACCUCAGGGAGAGAGGGAAGUUGAGCAGAAGCCAGUUCCUGGUGAACAGCUGACUGGAUUUCUCAGACAUCCUCUUCUCUAGAAGUCUCAAAAUAUUGCUGAUUUUCCUAGAGUUGCUAUAGUUUACAAGAGAGUAUACUGCAAGAAUAAAAUACAGAUAAUACCAAUGGAAGAAAGAUUUUAACUCGAGUCCUAAGGAAAUUCAAUUCCCAGAUUUUCUUUUUAAGAUACCUUGUGUCAUAAACAGUUGCAUUUAGUAUCAUGAACUGUUUAUAUUUUUCUUUUAUUAACUGUUUAAAAUUUUUAAAUCUUGUAACUUCAAAAUGUAUGUAAAUAAAUGGUUGUAGAGAGUUUUUAGAGAA